AUGUUCUCCCGUACUCUCAUCGCCCUCGUGUUGAUCGCGACGACCGUGUUCGCUCAUGACAACCCAAAGCGAUUCACCAAGCGAACUUGCAAGGCAUCGCCAAAGAACCCAGCUGCCAAAGCGCCCAGCACGACUAAUCCUCCCUCGACCGCACCACCCUCAGCAACGACCAAGCCGCCUGCUGCAACCAAAACACCUCCCACUGCGCAAACGCCCGGCCCACCUCAGCAACAACAGCAAAGCCAUCACCAUCAGAGCGGUGGCUCGGGUAGUCCAUCCGGUCGUCCUACGAUCUGUGGCCAACCGUAUGUCUUCACGCCGGCUGCCGAUCAAUGGUAUAAGGGUCCAAACGAUGUCGUUUCUGCCCAACUUGGCGGCUGCAAUGGCAAUCUCGCCACCUGGUCAGCCCAUUGGAACAUCCAAUCGCCCGACAAGAGCUUGGUUCGCGCUUACCCGUCCAUGAAGCUCGACAUCACCGCUGGUCCGGCUCUGUCUCACAUCCAGUCCAUCCCGGCCCAAUGGAGCUGGCAUUGGACUGCUCCCGUUACGACCCACGGCUUCGUCAGCUGGCAUCUCUGGCUCGGUACGGCCGCCAGCAAACACGAAGCAUCGCCAACGAGCUCUCGCUACCAGAUCAAGGUCCAUCUCGCCACGCGUGGCAAUGCUCAGCCGAUCGGUCAAUAUCUUGGCGAGGAUAGUGUGAUGGGCCAUCACUGGAAGGUCUUCAAGGGCCCAGAGCAUACUUGGACAACGAUCUCAUUGGUCAGCAGCCAAGAUCUUUCCCACAAGAACAGCUGGCAAGGCGAUCUCGCCCAGGUCAUCAACUGGGCUGUGACAAAGCACAAUGUGCCCAGCUCGCUCUUCCUGACCCAGGUCGAUGCUGGCCCAGAAGCUCUUGCGUACGUCUCGCCCUUAUUCGCAUUCGUCGACCGCGCUGACGUCAAGUUGCUAAUGCUCAACAGCGGUGCUGCACACUGGCAGGCGACUGGCUGGUCUGCCAAGCUCGUGACCAAGGAUCAUGCUUCACAGUAA